GGCCAGACUCAAAUGAAUUUACACAAACCAACCGACCGCGCGCGAGGGAGCGGAGAGAAAAAGUCUGCGCGCGGACACGGGGCGGUGAAACCAACGCAAAGUGUGGAAAGAGAUAGCCUGGCUCUUUGGUUUUUUAGCCCGCUUCUUCUCGGCUUCACCUCUUUAGCUCGUGGACAACCAACGUGGGAUAGUGAUUGAAGUUGACAAGCCAGCUCCACUACUGUAUCCCCCCCCCCCACCACCACCCCUCUCGCGCGCCACACAACCAGGAAAUCGUCGAGGUGUGCUUUCUUUACACCGCUAGUGGCUACCCCGUUUGCGGGUGUAGAUGCGCCUUUUCUCGCCGAUUUUCCCCGUUUUUUAUCUCACUAGUUUGACUUUUAAAGCCGGGCUCCAGUCCUGAAGUCAGCCAAACUUGCCUACGAGGAGAGGAUCUCCACUCUGGCCGAACAAUGAGUGAGUCGAGUAUUUGCCAGGCUCGGGCCACUGUGAUGAUCUACGACGAUGGCAAUAAGAAGUGGCUGCCGGCGGGCACUGGAACCCAGUCCUUCAGCAGAGUCCAGAUCUAUCACAACCCAACCACCAAUGCCUUCAGGAUAGUGGGACGCAAGAUGCAGACGGACCAGCAGGUGGUUAUUAACUGUCCAAUAGUGAAAGGUCUCAAGUAUAACCAGGCCACACCUAAUUUCCACCAGUGGCGGGAUGCCCGGCAGGUGUGGGGGCUCAACUUUGGCAGCAAAGAGGAUGCAACUCUAUUUGCCAAUGGCAUGUCUCACGCUGUGGAGGUGCUCAACUCUCUGGCAGACGCAGGCUAUGCAACCCUCCCGCGCCCACUGUCAAACGGACCUGCUCCAGAAGAGCUUGAGCAGCGAAGGUUGGAGCAGCAGAGGCUAGAACAGCAGGAGCGGGAGCGACAGGAGAGAGAAAAACAGGAGCGGGAGCGGCAGGACAGAGAGAGACUGGAGAGAGAAAGACAAGCUGCUGCAGUUCCUAUUCCUCCACCUCCACCUCCACCGAUGGCCACUGCAGGUCCGCCUCCUCCACCGGCCCCUCCUCCACCCCCUGGGCCUCCACCACCGGCUGCCAUGCCUCCCCCUGCUUCUGGCAUCCCACCUCCGCCGGGACCACCUCCCGCAGGUCCUCCUCCCGCCCCACCCCUACCUGCUCUAGGAGGAGGAGGAGGAGGAGGCGGCAAUGAUGGAGAUAGUGGUGGUGGUGGCGGUGGUGGUGGUGGUGGACUUGGAGGAGGAGGGGGCUUGGCGGCCGCCUUAGCAAAUGCUAAACUCCGCAAAGUAUCCAAGCAGGAGGACGGAGCCCCUGCAACUCCAAUGGGCAGAGCUGACUCCAGCCGCGGCAGCAACUCCUCUAUUGGAGGAGGCGGAGGCGGCGGCGGCGGCGGUGGUGGUUUGAUGGGUGAAAUGAGUGCCAUCUUGGCACGAAGGAGAAAAGCUACAGACACUGGGGAGAAGCCACCUGCGAAGCCACAAGAAAGUGAUGACUCAGAGCCUCAAGGUCAAAGCGACACCCUGAGAAGACCUUGGGAGAAAUCGUCUAUGAUCAGGAAUAACUCCGUCAGCAAGAGCAUGGACUCCACCCCCUCAUUGUCUCAAGGUUCCAGGCCGAAGCCUGCAGGCAACAACGGUAAUGAUGCAGGUGGAAUGGACGACUCAGAUUUAGAGAAAAUGAAACAGGAGAUCCUGGAGGAGGUGCGUAAAGAACUGCAAAAAGUCAAGGAGGAAAUUAUUGGAGCCUUUGUCCAGGAGCUGCAAAAGAGAAGCACAUAGUUCUGCUGAGUGUCAGGUGUAACGGAGGGAUGUGAUAGAUGGAGGUGGUUGGGGACCGUUGGGACCUCUCCUCCACUGCGCCCUCCCAUGUAGCCCAGGGAUUUCUCUUUUUCCUCCUGCACAUUUUCUCUUUUCUCUCUUACACAAACACACGUGAGCAUACUUGCUUAUGUGUACAUCAUGCAUAGUCACUUCAUGUAAAUGGUAACCUGGGGAACUUCCUCACGUUGCCAUCCGACGCUUUUGAUGAUCCCUUACUAAUAUUGCGGCAGUGAUCCCAUCUAUCCCAUCUCUCCCCUGUUCAUUCAAUCCCGUCCCCUUGUGUCCUCUAUGUGUUCUGUUCAUCGAAACAUAUUCAGAGCACAUAGCUACAGCCACAGUUGCGCUUCCAAUUCGUCAUCAUGUACACUCAUCAUAACCCUCUUUUCUGCAGAAAUCCUGCUACUUGUGUCUUCUCCCUUCUGCUAUCAGAUGCACUAUUUACUGAUAGAGCAGUCUUCAGUAUUCAGGGACAAUGUAUUAGUCACAUUUUUACUGUAAUAGCAAGAUGCUGGGAUCCUUUUUUUUUCUCUUUCUCAGUUUGCAAACAAUUGUUCAACCUCAAACACUGCUACAUGUAGUUCAGUUCAGACAUCUGCUAUUAGCUUUUUGUCUCUGGUAGUUGGCGGUGAAAAAACAACAAAAAUCAAGGAUGGAACAGAGACCACAACUCCCUGACUACUGCAGUGUCUCUCCGUAAAGUGGACUUCCAGCGCCCAGCAAUGGCUAAGAACUAAAACAGCACAACACAAGCCUUCACUGCUGCAAGAUAGAGAAUUUAGAGGAAGAGGAGACAAGCAAAGGGAAUCUGAUGGACAAACCUGAGUGCUGUGAAAGAGGAGUGUGUUGUAGUUUUAUGAUGUGUGAGAAAUGUAUUCUCUUUGCAUUGCACUUGUUCCAGAGGAAGUGUGUCUGUGUGCCACACUGCCUUGACAGACUAUUCCCUCUCACUCAAAUUGAGAUAUUUUUUGGCCAGUGCAGUGAUCCUACACUGUGCUUACGCUAGUUAUUUUUCUUCCAUUCUAGCUAUGUUUUCUAACUUUGAAACAUGAAAAAUGGCCAUGAUGAGGUCAAUUAAUUUGGCCAUGACCAACUGCCUUGAGAAUAAAUAUAUAAAUAUAUAUAUAUAUAUAAAUAUAUAUAUAUAUAUAAGGAAAAUAUAUAUUUGUUUUGAGGGAAAAUGUUAGCAAAAAUAAAAUGGUGUUUCUAUUUUAAUUGAAAUGACUGGUGAAUGGGGAUUUUUUUUUUUUUUUUUUCUCAAUUGUUUUCUUAUGAAAUGUUAUUUUGGGUUUACUGUUUCUUUUUUCUAAUAGAGUCUAGGCUUUUUACACUGAAAUAUUAAGAAAACAGCUUAGAGACACUGGAUUAGAAAUGCCUUUAUAGUCGAAUACAGCUGCUUCUUGAAAUGCAUUACUUUGUCUUGAGUCAUCUUUUGCAUCGUGUUGUAAGACUUCUUUAAAUUCUGGAAAACUUUAUGAACUAUGCGGGCUGUAUUUCACAAACUUCCUUACACUGAAAUCAAAACUCCUGUUUAGUGGAGGCUGAAUUCUAGCUUCAAGACAAUAAAGAUGUGCAGACUGA